CUUCCGGUUCACUUGACGCAACGUCCGUGUACCCUCGCCACACUACUUGUUCUUUCGUGUUCGCUUCUCUUAACCAAACGAGCUCCUCGAAAGCAUUCUAAUCGGUGUACCACUGACGUGACUGAAGAAGAUAUUCACCCAGGAAUGUGCGAUCACACCCAUGUUAAACACGAGGAGGAGUCGGAUAUGCCGUACAUCAAACAGGAGGCAGAGCCAGAGACUCCCCACAUUAAAGAAGAAGAACAGGACAAUGAAAUAAUUGCGGUGACCGUCGGUGUGAAGAGCGAAGAAGAUGAAGGUCCAAGCGAAGAGAGCGGAGCAACGAAACAUAUGAGCGACAGCUCAUAUCAACACCUGGCAACAAAGGGAGAGGGACGUUCCCAACCGGACGAACUAUUAGCUCCGCUUUCGGACAGCGGCGACCUAACAUCACAUUCUUCUGACUUUAACACAGAUGAGGAGGAGAAUGACUUUGACCAAAAUGCUUCGAAAUCCUCAAACAAGCCAUCAUUGAAUAGAGACGCAAAAAAAUGCGCGGAUUGUAAACCUUAUAUCUGCACACUUUGUGACAAAAGUUGUUCUCGGAAAAGUCAUUUAGAACAGCAUAUGCUUACACACACCGGAGAAAAGCCUUUUGUCUGCACAUAUUGUGGUAAAAGAUUCAGCGUGAAGGCAAAUUUAAAAAGACACGUGAAAACACACACUGGAGAGAAGCCUUUUCCCUGCUCAGUUUGUGGUAAAAGAUUCAUAGAUAAGGAGACUUUAAACAGACACUCAAGAACGCACACUGGAGAGAAGCCUUUCGCCUGCUCAGUUUGUGGUAAAAGAUUCACAAAUAAGGGAUCUUUAAAGGGACACGCAAGAACGCACACUGGAGAGAAGCCUUUCCCCUGCACACUUUGCGACAAAAGAUUUUUUCGAAAGACUAAUUUGGAGCUGCAUAAGUGUACACACACUGGAGAAAGCCCUUAUGUGUGCACACUUUGUGACAAAAGUUGUUCUCGGAAAAGUCAUUUAGAACAGCAUAUGCUUACACACACCGGAGAAAAGCCUUUUGUCUGCACAUAUUGUGGUAGAGGAUUCAGCUUGAAGACAAAUUUAAAGAGACACGUGAAAACACACACUGGAGAGAAGCCUUUCCCCUGCUCAGUUUGUGGUAAAAGAUUCACAGAUAAGGGAACUUUAAACAGACACGCAAUAACGCACACUGGAGAGAAGCCUUUCCCCUGCUCAAUUUGUGGUAAAAGAUUCACAUAUAAGGGAACUUUAAAGGGACACGCACGAACGCACACAGGAGAGAAGCCUUUCCCCUGCACACUUUGCGACAAAAGAUUUUUUCGAAAGACUAAUUUGGAGCUGCAUAAGUGUACACACACUGGAGAAAAGCCUUUUGUCUGCGCAGUUUGUGGUAAAAGAUUCCUCCAGAAAAGAAAUUUCAACAAACACAUACGCACUCACACUGGAGAGAACCGUUUUGCCUGUGCACUUUGUGACAAAAGAUUUUCUGAGAAGUCUCAUUUAGAAAAUCAUAUGCAUACACACACUGGAGAAAAGCCUUUUGUCUGCACAUUUUGUUGUAAGAGAUUCACCGAAAAGAGAAAAUUAACCAAACACCUAAGAACCCACACUAGAGGGAAGCUUUUUCCCUGCACAAUUUGCAACAAAAGAUUUUCUCAGAAGAUUAAUAUAGAAAGACACAUGCGUAUACACACUGGAGAAAAGCCAUUUGCCUGCUCAGUUUGUCAUCAAAGAUUCUGUCAGAAGGGAACUUUAAGCAGACACGCUAGAACGCACACUGGAGAGAAGCCUUUCCCCUGUUCAGUUUGUGGUAAAAGAUUCACAGAUAAGGGAACUUUAAACAGACACGCAAGAACGCACACUGGAGAGAAACCUUUUGCCUGCUCACUUUGUCAUCAAAGAUUCACUCAGAAGAGCCAUUUGGUGUCGCACGCAACAAUCCACACUAGGUAAUGAGUAAUGUAAGGAUAUGUCGACUGACAACUAGUUGAAUGACACCUCUGUAUCGUUUUCGCAAACUGUAAUUAAAUUUGAGGAGGUUGACAGGAACCCUGCCACACACAAAACACUACAAGUGUGCGUCACUUCCCCCUUUCCUCAUUCGUUAUAAAGACAGAAGUCGAUGCAAACGCUUUUGCCCGAUUUCUAUGGCAGAGCAACGGAGACAAAAAUUUUUGUUCGAGGAGGAAAGAAAAAAGGGAUGCUAGCAGAAUACUCAAGAAUAAACAUUGGUCUAGCUUUCACUUGCUGGCGUGAU